AUAAACUUCAGUUGAAAGUUAUACCUAAUGAUUUCAAAUAUUGUUACUGUGAAUACGCGCAUGUAAAAUACUCAUCUACAUUGCAAUGAUUCUUUUACAAAGAAGCAAUUGAAAAACUUUUAAUAAGUUUCGGGGAUGUUUUAAAUGGGACAGUUAUGGUGGAUUACUGGGGAUCUCAUAGCGGUUCAUGAAGUGACAAGUUAUGGCUCAGAUAUGCGAUAUAUCUCAGGCUUCUGCUUGGUUGCCCCUUGUUAGAGCCUCAGCAAUCGGAUGGAUACCAAUUUCGCAGCAUCCCCUCCCAAAAAAUAUUUGCACUAAAGAUGAUGUCAGUCGGGAAGUUUUUGAAAAGAAAGCUGUUAUUAAUGUAAGCGGUCAAAGAUUCGAAAUACUUACAAGCUGCUUGAACCGUUAUCCUCACACUUUGCUUGGAUCAGAUGAACGUGAUUACUUUUAUGAUGAAAAAACCGGAGAAUACUAUUUUGACAGAGAUCCGGAAAUUUUCAGGCAUAUUCUUACUUAUUACCGCUGUGGGCAUCUGCACUAUCCAAAGAAGGAAUGCGUUAUCCAGUAUGAAGAUGAGCUUGCUUACUUUCGGAUAGCAUCAGAAUCUCUAGGUGAUUGUUGCUAUGAGGAUUAUCAUGAUAGCAAAAGGGAAAAUUCCGAACGAUUGUUAGAGGAGCGAACGUCGACCAAAGAAAAUGCUGAGAAACCGAAAGAUUUUCGCAACAGAUUGUGGCAAGCCUUUGAAAAUCCAGAGUUUUCUACUACUGCCAUAGUAAUUUAUUAUGUGACUGGAUUUUUCAUAGCUGUUUCGGUUUUCGCAAACAUAACAGAAACCAUACCAUGUGGUCCUGAACCUGGAUUAAGCAAACAGCGGGCUUGUGGAGAUAGAUAUAUCGAUGCUUUUUCAUGUCUUGAUACAGCAUGUGUAAUUAUAUUUACUAUUGAGUACUGUGCAAGAAUGUAUGCUGCACCCAACAGAUGGAAGUUUUUUAUUUCAGUGAUGAGCAUUAUUGAUGUCGUUGCUAUAUUACCAUUUUACAUAGGCUUACUAAUGCCAGAUAACAAAAGUGUUUCUGGUGUAUUCACAACAUUACGGGUAUUUCGUGUAUUCAGAGUGUUCAAAUUUUCACGUCAUAGUGUUGGAUUACGCAUACUUGGUUACACCUUGAAAUCUUGUGCAUCUGAAUUGGGUUUCCUACUAUUUAGUCUAACUAUGGUCAUUAUUAUUUUUGCUACUGUUAUGUAUUAUGCUGAGAAAUCUGUUGAAGGAACUACUUUUUCUAGUAUCCCAUCAUCAUUUUGGUACACUAUUGUCACCAUGACUACACUUGGAUACGGUGAUAUGGUUCCAGAAACGAUAGUUGGAAAAAUUGUUGGCGGUAUGUGUUCACUUUCUGGAGUACUUGUGAUUGCCUUACCAGUUCCUGUCAUUGUGUCAAACUUCUCUCGUAUUUAUAAUCAAAGUCAACGGUCUGAUAAGAGACAAGCACAGAAACGUGCUAGACAAGCCAGGAUAAGAUUAGCUCAACUAAUGGCAACUGUUAAUGCCUGUGCAGAAAAAUCUGAAGGUCCAGAAGGAUCAAGUGAUGAAGGAGAGGAAGGUGAGGAAAAGAGGAAAAAAUGUCAUUAUUUUGAUGAAAAGGCAAAUGUACAAUAUUCAUCCACCUCACCAUUGUCUGCAUUUGCUACUAGUCUCUCUACAAAUGAAGAUCAAAUUCAUCAGGAAUUGAAAAACUCUACAGAUAGUGAUUUCAAAUUCGACCAACAACCUCAAUUGAUUCGAAGUCAAUCGGUCUCAAAUUCAUCUAUAAAAAGAUCAAGUAAAAAGUGUAAAACAGUAAGUCGUACACGAUCUCUUCAUAAUGGGGAACAUAGUUGGAGUAAAAAGUAUCGACAUUGUAAUAUUACUGAUAAAAAUAAGAAAACACCUUUCCUGCCUAUUUAUAUUCAUCCUGCUAGUCAAAGAAGUAAAGGGAAGAGUAGAAAAGAAAAUGCAUCACUACAAAAAUCUCAGCAGAAAAGUAAACUUACAUUUGAAGAUUUGAUAUUAUUGCAACAGAAACACUUGAUGGAUUGUUUGCAUGUAGUUACGGCUAGAUCUUCAGUAAAUAAUGACCCAAGAGAAUCAAACAGCAAUCUACUUGUUAACAAUCCAAUAAUAAGUGCCUUGCACCAAGGAAAUACAAAGCAUCCUCGACGUCUCACAAAUGAAUCAAUAUCAAAAUUUUCUCGUAUGCUAAAAGUUAGACCAUCGAUUACAAAAAGUCUCUGUGAAAAUGGUCGAUCUUCAAGUAAUGUUAGUGUUUUUGACAAUACUGAAGGAAAUACUGCAGUGAAAGAUGCAGGUAGUGAGUAUAAAUCAUCUACAAAUAAAUUAUGCGAUCAACACCCCCCACCAAAUCAUCCUACUGAAUCGAACUCUUUGAAUCGUUUAUCUGUCUUCCGAUUACCCUAUUCACAUGGUCAAAAAUCAUUAGAUAAUCAACAUUCAACUAUCAAUUUAACUGCUUUCUCUAAGCUGAAACCUAAUUUUCGCAAAUUCAAACAUGGACAUUCACAUCGUGACUUUUAUCAUAAAAUGGACUAUUUAACAAAUGAUGAGCAUAAUGAUAGAGAAGAUGAAAAUAUGGAACUUUCCAAUUCUUCUGUUAUGUCAAAUACAAAUGUAGACCGUAAUUUAAAUAAGGAUCAGUUGAUUCGUCAUUCAAACAGUGAAAAGAGACCAUUGCUGGUAAAGUCUAAACUUUCUUUAAGUGAUGAAUAUGAUUUUUUUGAUGGACAAAAGAGUAAACUGCUUCAUUCCAAUAAUUUAGAUUUGACCUAUAGUCCUACAUGGCCACCUCUCAGCUUAUCAUCAAAUAAAAAGUUCAAAGGUAUGCAUAAAUCAUACGGUCUUUAUUCAGAAAUGUUUGAUUAUAGUAAUAAAAAUAUUUCUAAAUCAGAUUACUCUCAUCCUGUAGAUAAUAAUAAUAGUAAUAGUAAUAAAAGUAACAUUAACAGUAUACCUACUAACAAGGAUAAUAAUACUGAACCUGUGAUAAAUACUAUUGGAGGUUGUAAUACAGGAAUGAAAUUCUCCUCGCUUUCAUCAUUCAUUCAAACUAAUCCGAUAUAUUCGUCAUUAGAUGAAGAAGGUAUGACUGAGUUUGCUAGUGCUCAAUCACACAUCUCAAGCAAAUCAACAUCACAAAGAAACAGUAUAAUCAAUAGUGAUAAAAUGGCGACCUUUCAUAUCAAGGAUUCUAAUGCUGGACAUCAAGAAGUUGAAGAGCAGUUAUAUCUUCCAGAUAUUAGUACAUAUUCUAAAUAUCGUUUCAAGUAUUCAAAAUUAAAACCAAGAUUUUCAUAUUCAUUUCCAUAUGAAUUAUAUCGUAAUACAUCGUUGGAUUUAGUGAAGAAAUAUGAUAGCGAUAAACCUCCUGGAAUAUCAUCUUCAUCAAAACUUGUAAAAUCAAAUACUGAAGAUUUAGGUGAUGUACAUUCAAGUUUACUUAGUACAUUUAAUCAAGUGGAUAUGAAUAAUGAAAUCGGUAACAGUCAAGGCAAAGACAAUAGUGGUCGCCUUUAUUCCUAA